GGGGAUCAAGGCUGCCCUCCCCAGAUAUGAGCUGUAUCUCUACACUGCUGUGCUCUCUGUGGCCUUGAUAUGGGCCACCACUUGGAUAUUUGAGGCUUCAAGUGAACCGUGUGGGAUUGCGUGAUCUUCUUCACACGGCCAUUAAAUCCUGCACGGUGUACCGUGGUGGCCGACAGGCAGCGACGUCAAAACGCUCCAAAACCAAAAACACUGUCAAACACAAGCAACAGGGAAAUGCUGCAAUCUGCAGAAGAAAUCAUGGAAAUCCAAUUAAUCCAAAAGCUCUAUGUGGCAGUGAGAUCAACACGGACACCACCUUCCUGUUUUGCCGUGAGUUAAUAGUGUUUCUCACCUUCAAGUCUCUGCUUUUCUUCUGAUCCCGGCGGCAAAAUAAAUGGGCAAGUGUCAACAUUUUGAUAAAGAAGGUGUGAAACACUAUUGAAUUCAGGAAAUAACUCAUGGCAAAACAAGAAGGUGGCAUUUGCUUCUAUCUUGCUGCCACAUUGUGGCUUUGUCUACACGUCAUCAUAUUUUCAAUGAAGAGAAUGUAAACAGAAAAGCAUUCAGAGAAAGUGUGAAACCAGGAUGGUAUUACUUUGGCAGAAAAAUGGAUGUUGCAGACUUCGAAUGGAUGAUGUGGUUCUCGACAUUCCGCAAUCACAUACUUUUCGCUCUCACCGGUCAUGUGAUCUUUGCCAAGAUCUUCACCUUGCUGGCCCCAAAGAUUGGUAUAGAUGGAUGUAAGCACAGAUCUUUGGUCUUUGGCGUAUACGGGGCUUUGGCGGUCCUGGUCACCAUGGGCUGGACCUUCGUUGCUUUGGUUGUGUCUCACUGCAUCAUACUCUACAGCGUUGCCCUGAUCAAAAGGAAAUGGAUGUGCUUCGCUGCAGGCCUGGCCACCCUGGCCUCAAUCAAGCUGGAGCCGUAUAACUCCUGGCAGGAGGCCUUGGUGACUGGCUCUUUUCACCUGCAAGACAUCCUCUUUUAUGGCGGCUGUGGCUUCAGCAUCAUGCGCUGUAUGAGCUUUGCUUUGGAGAACUGCGAGAAGAAAGACGGCAGCUACACGUUCUGUGACCUGCUGAAAUACAACUUCUACCUCCCUUUCUUCUUCUUUGGACCUAUCAUGACGUUUGACAAAUAUCAUGCCCAGGCGAACAGCACAAAGCUGAGCCGCAAGGAGAGGGAGAUGUGGAACAUCACCACCAAAGCCCUGUUGCACCUGGGACUGAUUGUGAUGGUGGACGUCUUCUUCCACUACCUCUACAUCUUGACAAUCCCCAGUGACAUGAAGCUGGUCACCAAGCUGUCCGACUGGUGUCUGGCUGGUCUGGCCUAUUCCAACCUGGUGUAUGAUUGGUUAAAAGCAGCCGUGAUGUUUGCCGUGAUUAACACAGUGGCAACGCUGGACCACCUGGACCCCCCUCAGCCUCCUAAGUGUAUCACCAUGCUGUACGUCUUCGCUGAGACGCACUUUGACAGAGGCAUCAACGACUGGCUGUGCAGGUAUGUUUACGACUACAUCGGGGGAGAUCAUGACCAAAUCUUCAAGGAGCUCCUGGCCACCUUGUGCACCUUCGCCAUCACCACCCUGUGGCUGGGCCCAUGUGAGCUGGUCUACAUCUGGUCCUUUUUUAACUGCUUUGGCCUUAACUUUGAGCUCUGGGUGGCCAAGUUCUUCUCCAUUCCGCCAUUUUCUACCAUAGAGGGUGUUAUGGGUGAAGCAAUGUCGCGCAGGAUCCGAGGUCUGUUUAACGCUGCCAACUUCUGGGCUAUCGUCCUCUACAAUGUUCUCUCCCUGAACAGCCUGGACUUUGCCAAACUGGUUGGUAGAAGACUGAUUUUCAAAGGGUUUCCUCUGUCUACCCUUUCUGUGCUACUGGUGACUUACUGUGGUGUCCAGCUGGUCAAAGAGAGGGAGCGUCAGCAGGCCCUGCAGGAGGACGCGGAAGCAGUCAAGCCGCUGGAUGGUGGCAAAGAAAAGGCAGAAUAAACGUCACAUUUUCAUCUGCAGCACUUCAGAACUGAACCGGCCUGCUUGUGACUUACAAUUUUCCGUCAGCUGCACUUUCUGGUGAUGAUCACAACAAUCUUUGGCACAAAGACUCACCCACAGCGCAUUUGCUACUGUAAUCAUUGCUAAGUGUGACAUUGUUUGACAGGAACAACAUCGUAAUGAUGGUAUUGUAAAGGAACAACUGAGUUACAUCAGGUGAAUUCUAUUAUAAUGCCAAUAUUGAUACAGACAAUUUUUAAAAGGGCUAAAAGUGAAAGAGUAGAUAUUAAAAGGUGCUCUGGAGUCUUCCACGUUGCAUGCAGCUAAUCCUAUUGACGUAUAUCUACUAUUCUAGAGACUCAAAGCAAAAAAAAAAAAACAGGCCAUGAUGCUUAGGACUCACUAUUGACCUUGAAUGUGCAGGAUUUUGUAGAAGGUGGAAAAAGAAGCCACUGUAUCUGCAAGAAGCUUUUCCUACCUGCGUUCAAAGCCUGCUGUUUGUCAUGUUUACACCAACUGCGCUGCCUUUUCUCAAUGUAGGAUUUUUAAUCAAGCAAAACAGAAAUAAAAUUUUCCUACGUCCAGAAAAGGCCUGUUAAUUUCAUCAUGGGGGAGUUAAACUGAAACCUAGAAGCAUCCAACUGUUUAAUUUGUUUCAAUUAGUGUUGCUGAAUUGCCAGGUUGGUAUCCGAAAUCACCACAAGAUGGGGUAGUUGAGGCGGAUUCGCUUAGCACGGUUCCACU